UUUCUGAAUUCUCUGCUUUAUGGGAAAAACCUUAGCGUGAUAUACUUUUUAAUGCUGUUUACCCAAGGAUUGCCGUAUUGUGCAGGGGUGAGGAUGGAAUCUGAGUUGGUUUAGUCAAGGCCUUAUCUGCAUUGUAUAAUCAUAACAUGACACAUAAUUAUUGUAGGUGGCUGGGACUUUCAGGUGAGGGAGCGUCUCUCUCUGUCUCUUUUUCUCUCUCACUCUUCAGUCUUUCUGUAGCACAGCUGACUGCUGUAGGCAUUGAUUUCCCAUUUGUGGUGCCUUAUGCUCCCCUUUCCAGGGUGUAAUGACCAGGGUGAUUGACAGCUGGGACUGUUUGGUUUGACCUGUUGCUGUUGACAGAUAAUAAUGAAGCUCUAUGAAACUAUAAUGGACAUGGAUAUGCCAAACUACGCUGAGACAUUGGACUCUUCUUACACCAUGCUGGAAUUUGACACCAUUAGAGUUCUUCCAAGCAAUGCAGAAAUAAUUCAGUCAGAAUCAGCAAGUGGAUUAUUCAUCAAUGGUGUUAGCUCUUUGUGCGCUAUAUGUGGAGAUCGAGCAACUGGAAAGCAUUAUGGGGCUUCCAGCUGUGAUGGAUGCAAAGGUUUCUUCAGAAGAAGUGUACGCAAGAAUCACAUGUAUGCCUGCAG